AUGUCCACACAUUUUUAUACUCAACAUUCAAAGAAUUUUUUGCAGCUAUUCGAAAGUGGCAAAAACUUUGACCUCACUUUAUAUGCAGGUUACAAACAAGAUAGAAAGGAAUUCAAAGUACAUACUCCAAUAUUGUGCGCUCAAUCAACAUAUUUCCAAACUGCAUUAUCGAAAGAAUGGUUCAAAAAAAAGGGUAACUGUUACGUUUUUGAAAAAGCUAAUGUCGAAGCUGAUGUCUUUGAAAUCAUCCUAAGAUAUCUGUACACGGGAGAAGUAGAUAUAAAUAAGUGUGAUGGAUCUAAAAUCCUUAAAUUGCUGAUUGCAACGGACGAGCUGGAUUUGGGUGACCUACUUCAAUUUGCGCAAAGUUUUCUUAUUAAAUCGAGAGAAUCGUUCAUAGUCGAACAACCAGUUCGAGUACUUGAAUCAAUUUUCCGACUUGAAUCGUGCAAAACGCUUAGACUUUUUUGCCUUAAUGAAAUUUGCAAGAACUGCACACAUUUGUUCAACUCUGACGAUUAUUUGACAUUGGAGGAAGACAUAUUUGCUCAGAUAUUGCAGCAGGAUAAACUACAUAUAAAAGAAGUUGAAUUAUGGAAAUGUGUUUUGAAAUGGGGCACAAGCAGACAUCCAGAAUUAAAACAUUCCCCAACAGAAUGGUCAGCAGAUAAUUUGAAUCAAAUGAAGAAAACACUAGCCGGUCUUAUUGAACACAUUCGGUUUUUUGCAAUGUCUACAGACGAAUAUUAUGACAACGUUAGGCCAUACAGAAAAUUAUUCUCUAAAAAACUAAGAGAAGAAAUGUUGCAAUUUAUCAUUCUGUCAUCCAGAAAACCGAAAGAUUUUAUAACAAAAACUAGACGCAGACCGUUCGAUUCAAGAUUGGUCGAUUAUUCUAUUAUGGCUCUUAUUGCUGGAUGGAUCGAUUCAAAGAAUGUCGCAUAUGAAGAGAUUCCUUACGAGCCCGACUGUUGUUAUUGCAAAAUUAUGAAUCAUCCAAAUAUAUUUGGCGGCUAUAAUCCCUCAUCUUGGGUUGAUUAUGAUUCAGCUGAAGAUCAAAUAUACAACGGCGAAGACUAUGCAGUAUAUGGCAGUUUUAUUUUUGAGACGUCUGAUGGAAAGUCGACCGCAGGAGCAAGCAUGGGUAGGCUCAAUUCUAGAGGUAAAAGUAAAUAUGAUUACUACAACUAUAACUAUGAAUCACGGGGUGGUCUAAUUUGUGGGGAUCAUGACUAUGAUCCAUCUUUUGGUCCAUAUUUUGGUAGUAAUUUUUAUAUAAGUGGACAAGCAUGGAGUUCAACUACUUCAGCGAGUGGUACUCACUAUUAUGGAAUUGCAUGCAGUGUUGCAAAUGGCACUCUUGAGGAAUAUGAAGUUUUCACAAUAAAAAACCAAGAUUAA